AAAAGGACCAGGAAGAAUCAAUCUUUUUAACCAGUUCAAGACAGCGAGGCAGCCAGGUCAGCACAACUAAAGACACUGAGGACAGAGGACUCCGAGCUGCUACGGAGAGGCCACGAUAGGCUGUGUGUUCCAAGCCAGGGGCGGAUUCUGAGAAAGUUCCUGGACGGCGCCUCUGACUCUACUAAAAUUUAAACCUUCACGGCACAUUCGCCCGCCGUCCCGCUCAGACGCCGCGGGCACUGUGGCCACUCUGACCUUGCCGUUCCACUCAAGGUCAAGCACGGCUGAAACUCAUGCCGUGCCCGGUCUGUACGGGUGCUCCCGGGAGGCGGUGUCCUGCUGUGCGGGCGGCUCGGCCCCACCUGCGAUCCCGGCGGCUUCCUGGAGGCGGCUGGCCGGGCGGAGCUCCGUCCCCACACCCGCCUCGCCCUCCUGGCGCGCCGGAGCCCAGAGUUAAAGGCGGCGGCGGAGCGCGGGCACCGACCAACAGGCUCUGGGCCAUGGAGAAGGCGCGGGCGCAAUGGGGGAACCCGCUGCAGUUCGUGUUCGCCUGCAUCUCCUACGCUGUGGGCCUGGGCAACGUGUGGCGCUUCCCCUACCUGUGCCAGAUGUACGGUGGCGGUAGCUUCCUGGUCCCCUACCUCAUCAUGCUCAUUGUGGAAGGAAUGCCACUCUUGUACUUGGAGCUGGCAGUGGGGCAGCGCAUGCGGCAGGGCAGCAUUGGUGCCUGGAGGACCAUCAGUCCCUACCUUGGAGGUGUUGGUGUGGCCAGCGUGGUGGUGUCCUUUUUCCUGGCCAUAUACUACAACAUCAUCAAUGCCUGGGGCUUCUGGUACUUCUUCAACUCUUUCCAGGACCCCCUGCCGUGGUCUGUCUGCCCCCUGAAUGGAAACCGCACAGGCUACGACGAGGAGUGUGAGAAGGCCUCGUCCACACAGUACUUCUGGUACCGGAAGACCCUCAACAUCUCGCCGUCCAUCCAGGAGAGCGGGACUGUGCAGUGGGAGCCGGCGCUGUGCCUGGUCCUGGCCUGGACGAUGGUGUACCUGUGCAUCCUGCGGGGCCCCGAGACCACGGGCAAGGUGGCAUAUAUCACUGCACUGGUGCCUUAUGGUGUGCUCAUCAUCUACCUGGUCAGAGGUCUCACCCUGCAUGGAGCCACCAAUGGUCUGCUGUACAUGUUUACUCCCAAGGUUGAACAGCUGGCCAACCCCAGGGCCUGGAUCAAUGCAGCCACACAGAUCUUCUUCUCUCUCGGCCUGGGCUUUGGCAGCCUGAUCGCUUUUGCCAGCUACAACGAGCCCUCUAACAACUGCCAGAAGCACACCAUCGUCGUGUCCCUCAUCAACAGCGCCACCUCCAUAUUCGCCAGCGUGGUGACCUUCUCCAUCUAUGGCUUCAAGGCCACCUUCAACUAUGAAGACUGUUUGAACAAGGUGAUUCUGCUGCUGACCAAUUCUUUUGACCUUGAAGAUGGCUUUCUGACAGCCAGCAACCUGGAGCAGGUGAAGGGCUACUUGGCUUCCACCUACCCGAGCAAGUAUAGCGAGGUCUUCCCGCUCCUGGAAAACUGCAGCUUGGAGUCGGAGCUGGACACGGCUGUCCAGGGCACGGGUCUGGCCUUCAUCGUCUACACCGAGGCCAUUAAGAACAUGGAAGUGUCGCAGCUGUGGUCAGUGCUCUACUUCUUCAUGCUGCUCUUGCUGGGCAUGGGGAGCAUGCUGGGAAACACUGCAGCCAUCCUUACCCCUCUGACUGACAGCCAGGUCAUCUCCAGCCACCUGCCAAAGGAGGCCAUCUCAGGUCUGCUGUGCCUUGUCAACUGCGCCAUCGGCCUGCUCUUCACCAUGGAGGCUGGGAGCUACUGGUUCGACAUCUUCAAUGACUACGCGGCCACGCUGUCCUUGCUGCUCAUCGUGUUGGUGGAGGCCAUCGCCGUGUGCUACGUGUACGGGCUGAGGAGAUUCGGAGCCGAGCUCGAGGCCAUGACUGGCCGUGCCCUCAACUGGUACUGGAAGGUCAUGUGGGCAUUCGUGAGCCCGCUACUCAUCGUCAGCCUCUUCCUCUUCUACCUGGCUGACUACAUCCUGUCGGGGACCCUGCAGUACCAAGCCUGGGAUGCCACUCAGGGCCGGCUGGUGACCAAGGACUAUCCUGCCUACGCUGUGGUCGUCAUUGGACUGCUCGUGGCCUCUUCCACCAUGUGCAUCCCUCUGGUGGCCCUGGGGACUUACGUCAUGCGGCGCCUCAAGAAGGGUUCCUCAGUCCCUGUAGCCUGAGAACUGCACGUGCGAGACUUCCCACCGGAAGUGAAGCCCGCCUGAGCCGGAAGUCCUCCCGCCACUUCCGGUGUCUGGCAAGGAGCAAGAGGUGCGGCGGAACGUCCCUUGGAGGCACCCAAAUCCCAGGACACCCCCCUCUCCCCGCCCUAGCAGCCUGGAUCAAGCCAUGCAACCUCCCCCAGAUCAGGGGUGCAGGCCACUCCUCAGGAAGACGGCUUCCAGACUCUGCGGAGUCCUGAAACCGAGGUGACGAUGAUUUGGUACUUCUGGGAUCAAAAUUAGGCAGUUUGGGGUUUGAGCUGAAAAAAAGUUUACUCCAGUUGAAGCAGUUUUGAAGUGCCUAAGGUGACAAAUUGGGACAUCGUUGGUUUGAAAUUUUCUUUUUUUAGUCAUAGUGAAUACACAAUUUCUAGGUUUCCCUCCACCCUUUCAGUGUUAACACGACUGACCCAGACAUGGAGUGAGACCUUUGUUGGGGACUCAACAGGAGUCAUCUUUCUCUGAUCCUAGGGUCUCUGGCUGUGCCCAGGACCACCCCUGUUUACAAAAUUGCCCCAGGUUACUGCUCCCAACUCCCGAACGGAGGAAGGGUCUGCACAGCCACCUGUCUCUGGUAUCUUAGUGCCCUGCAAAGGUCGCCAGAACGCACCAUGAGGAUGAGAGUGAAUCAGCUUUGCGAAGACUCAGUGUUGCACUUGGAACUCGUGGCCAACUCUAGAAGACCCCAGGCAUCGGUUACAAUCAGCCCAUGUUGUUUAUCUGUACAUAAGAAAAAUUUCUAAUGUAUAUAAUUUAAACAGCAUCUUAUCAUUAAAGACACACCAUAUUUAUGAUUAAAGCACUAGUCUACCAUGUGAA